UUGUAUGUAAAGAAAUGGAGAUGGGCAGGGAAGGAAGCCCUGGGAGCAGAGAACAAGGUCUCGAGAGGUAAGGGUUUGCUUUUUGAUCGAACCCCAUCGAGGGAGGGAUCUCGUAGAAUUGCAGGGCUCGGGUCAUUCCCAUGAGAAGCUGAACUGCUGGAAGGGUUAAGGUGUUUACAGCUGCACUGGUGCCGAAUGGUUGUGGUGGUUAUGGCUGGAAUUUGAGAGUGAGUUUGAGAGUGGUGGGCAGCGUACUACUGCGGUGUGGGGCAUUCGUUUUUUGGUUUUUGCGGGUUUUUGUGGCCAUGCUAUGGCGAGACUCAGUGAGAGUCGUUGUGGUGGAGGAGGUGCCUUGGAAGUGUAGGAGAGUUGACGGCCAGUCGUUGGAGAGAUAGAGCGAGAAAGAGACCGAUAGGAAGGAGACGAGAGGAAAGCGGAAGAUGGGAGGGAAACGGUUCUGAUGCAUCAGGUCAUGUAGGGCAAGGUCCUGCCAGACGUGAGUUGGGGUUACCUUGGGUCGUCGGUUGGGAGGUCGAGGUAUGGAGUCGAUGAGCAAGGUGAGGAUGAGCCCGAGGCCGACAUGCGGGCGCCGAAUAGUGGCUGGAAAGCGUCCACGACCUGAUGACUCCAAGAACUGUGUGCGGAAGCUUCUGAAGCGGGAAAUAAGUCGGGCAGGGAAUUGGUCGUUCAACCGUACCAACUCGCAGGAGAAGUUCCGGAACUUUCAUCUUCAGGAGGAGUUUGAUACGCAUGAUCCUAAGGCCCAUCAGUUCUUGAAACUACCAUUCUUGAAGAAGAGAUCCAGAAUAGUGGAGAUUGUGGCUGCUCGAGAUACAGUGUUUGCAUUGACACAUUCAGGAAUAUGUGCCGCCUUUAGCAGAGACACAAACAAGAGGAUAUGCUUUCUCAACAUCAGUGCCGAUGAAGUGAUCCGCAGCCUUUUUUACAACAAGAACAACGAUUCGUUAAUAACUGUGUCUGUUUAUGCUUCCGAUAACUUCAGCUCAUUAAAGUGCAGGACGACACCCAUUGAGUACAUCCGGAGGGGGCAGCCUGGUGCAGGAUUUUCUCUUUUUGAGUCAGAAUCUUUGAGAUGGCCCGGGUUCGUUGAGUUUGAUGAUGUCAAUGGGAAGGUUCUCACAUAUUCUGCACAAGAUAGAAUUUACAAGGUGUUUGAUCUGAAGAAUUACACAAUGCUGUAUUCUAUAUCUGACGAGCACGUGCAAGAAAUCAAAAUAAGCCCUGGGAUUAUGCUGUUAAUCUUUGACAGAGCACAGAGUCAUGUGCCCCUGAAGAUUCUGUCCAUUGAAGAUGGUUCCGUCUUGAAAGCUUUUAAUCAUCUUCUUCAUCGAAACAAAAAAGUUGACUUUAUUGAACAGUUCAACGAGAAACUGCUUGUCAAGCAAGAAAAUGAGAAUCUGCAAAUUCUUGAUGUUAGGAACUCUCAAAUGACAGAAGUAAGCAGAACUGAGUUCAUGACACCCUCCGCAUUCAUAUUCUUGUAUGAGAAUCAGCUAUUUCUUACAUUCCGCAACAGAACGGUUGCUGUGUGGAACUUUAGGGGAGAGCUGGUCACGUCGUUUGAGGAUCACCUACUAUGGUAUCCUGAUUGCAAUACAAAUAACAUAUAUAUCACCAGUGAACAAGAUCUCAUCAUUUCAUAUUGCAAGGCUCACCCGGACAAUUCUGCCGAGGAAGUUGGUUCUAUUAAUAUCAGCAACAUCCUGACUGGGAAGUGUCUCGCAAAAAUUAGGGCGGAUGACCCUAGUGUUGGAGUCAGCCCUCGAACGCGUUCCAAUUCCUCAAAUAUCAGAAGCUCUGUGCAGGAAGCUCUAGAGGAUGUUACUGCUUUGUUUUACGAUGAAGAAAGGAACGAGAUUUACACUGGAAACCGGCAUGGACUAGUGCAUGUUUGGUCAAACUAGGUUUAUCUGGGGAAAUUUACAGUUCGUUAGAUUUUUCUUAUCUGGUGGGUAUACUCGUGAUAAAUCUUUGGCUACUCUUCAUGUCGACAAUCUCUGUUGUGUGUCAAAACACGACCUCAGCUGAUGUUACCGAUUCAGCAGUUGGGCAAUCUUUCAACUGGCUGUACCCGAUGUAAGAAUCUUGGAUGUCACUUCUCGAGACAGUGGUGGAACUUAUCAAGGCUGAGGUGGGAAUGUACGUGAUGGUGUUCUUCAUCAGCAUGCGUUCUGAUGUAGAGGCUGGCUGUGACUCCGCAUACUGGUACUGUUGGGCUUAUUAGAGAUGGUAAAGCGUCAGUAACGCUUAGUUUGUUCGUCCGAGCUGCUGUAUCUCAAUUGAUACUUGGAAUACGCAUUCAAUAUCCAGCUUUUGGAUCAACGGACCGGUAUAGGACCCUGGCAGUUUCGAACACUAUGUACAAGAAACGAUCCAGACAAGUUAUUAGUGAAGGUUAUCCUUUUUGAGAAAGCUUUUGCUUUCUGGAUAAAUUUAUAAAUGUAUACUUUGUAGAUGAGCUAGAGUUUCAAGAAAAACAGAAUGUGGUCACUGUAAUUUUAAAGCUUGAGGCCUCAGUAAAAUCAUGAUUGAUUAAUAUA